GGUUGAAUGACUGUGUGUGUGUGUGUGUGUGUGUGUGUGUGUGCGCUCUGUCUGUCCGCACACACCGACAGCUGAAAAUCCACCACGGGAGCAUCACAGAGCGGAGGACAGGAAGAUGCGCACGGCGGUCUGUAGCGGAUCUCCCGGGCGUGUAAAACCAGGACGACAUGAGUGUGGUGUCUGAACGUUUUUGUUGUCGGCGUUGUUGGAUCCUGUUCUUGCCCCCCCUCACCGAGUGAAUCUGGACGCGUAGCGGUGCUGCAAUGGAGCGUCGAUCCAACGAGUGAGAACCGCUGACCGUCUGUCUGUUUGUGAGCUGAUAUUACAGACAAUAAGAUAAGGAAAUUAGCCAUUAGACUUAGUGGCAUUACAUCAUUUGUGUGGGUCAUCAUAGGAGUCUGUGAUAUUAGCUGUUUUCCUUUUUGAUAUGAUCAAGAAGCCAUACUGAAUUUGUUAUUAAUGGUAAAAAACAAUUAAUGGUUACGCAAAGCACAGGCAGACAGGAGGCUGAUUAAAGGAACCAUAAAGGCUUCCAGCCUGUUUUUGGUUUAGAUCAUAGAACUUGUCCUUUGGUCUUUCUAUUGAGGGAUACAGAAGCCAGUCAUGUCAAAAAAUAAGAGCAGCGAGUCAGUGAAGGUGGUAGUUAGAUGCCGCCCGUUGCACCAGAAAGAGGUGUCCAAUGGGCCUGCAGGGGGCAUCGUGCAGAUGGACCUGUGGCUCGGACAGGUGAUCCUCAGGAACCCUCGUGCACCAGCCAGCGAGCCCCAGAAAACAUUCACGUUUGAUGCGGUUUACGACGCAAGCUCCAAACAGCGGGACCUGUAUGACGAGAGUGUGCGACCACUCAUAGAUUCGGUGCUCGCGGGGUUCAAUGGCACCAUAUUUGCCUACGGGCAGACCGGAACUGGGAAGACGUACACCAUGCAGGGGGCGUGGAUGGACCCAGAGAAACGAGGUGUGAUCCCCAACGCUUUCGACCACAUCUUCACACACAUCUCGCGCUCGCAGUCUGAUAAGCAGUACCUGGUGCGGGCGUCCUACCUCGAGAUCUAUCUGGAGGAGAUUCGGGAUCUCCUCGAUCCCAAACACGGCAACACAAGGUCCCUGGAGCUCCGGGAGAGUCCAGAGUCCGGCGUGUACGUGCGUGACCUCACAUCCUGUGUCUGCAAGAGCAUCAAGGAGAUCGAGGAGGUGAUGAACAUGGGAAACCAGGCGAGGGCGGUUGGAGCGACCGACAUGAAUGAACACUCGUCUCGGUCCCACGCCCUGUUCUUGAUCACAGUGGAGUGCAGCCAGCCUGGACCGGAUGGGAGGAAACAUAUCCGGGUCGGCCGCCUCAACCUGGUGGAUCUGGCUGGCAGUGAGCGCCAAGCUAAGACAGGUGUCCAGGGAGAGCGCCUGAAAGAGGCCGCCAAAAUCAACCUUUCCUUGUCGGCGCUGGGGAACGUGAUCUCAGCCCUGGCUGAUGGGCGCAGCAGCCAUGUGCCGUACCGGGACUCCAAGCUGACCCGGCUGUUGCAGGACUCUUUGGGUGGGAAUGCAAAGACUGUCAUGGUCGCCACCUUAGGCCCCUCCCCCCAGCACUAUGACGAGACCCUCACCACCCUCCGUUACGCCAACCGGGCCAAGAACAUCCAGAACCAGCCCAGAGUCAAUGAAGAUCCCAAAGAUGCUCUGCUGCGCGAGUUCCAGAGGGAGAUCGCUCGCCUCAGGGCACAGCUCAACCACAGGAAGUGGAGGAGCAAACAGAAGAAGGAGCAGGUGGACGGCGAGGGCUGGGAGAAAGACGGGGACGAAGAGACAGAGGGCGAGGAGGAGGUAGUGGAGAAGGAGGCGGCGGACUAUGUGAAGCUGGAGGAGCAGCGGUUGGAGAUGGAGAAGGAGGCCAUCAGAGGAGAUCAAUUCAUGUUGGCUGAGGAGAAGCAGAGGCUCCUGGGAGAGAAGGAGAGGAUGAUGGGAGAUCUGAGGAAGGAGCAGGAGGCUACCGAACAACUGACCGCCAAGUAUAAGGCGAUGGAGAGUAAGCUGCUGGUUGGUGGAAAGAACAUCAUAGAUCACACCAAUGAGCAGCAGAAGAUGCUGGAGAUGAAGGGGCAGGAGAUUGCUGAACAGACGCGUAGAGAGCGGGAGAUUCAGCAGCAGAUGUUGGUCCAGGAUGAAGAGACUCUGGAGCUGAGAGAGACUUUCACUUCUCUGCAACAGGAGGUGGAGGCCAAGACCAAGAAACUCAAGAAGCUUUAUGCCAAACUCCAGUGCAUCAAAAUGGAGAUCGACGACGUGAACGACGAGCACGUGAGGAGCCGACAGGAACUGGAGCAAACUCAGAACGAGCUCACCAGAGAGCUCAAGUUCAAGUAUCUGAUCAUAGAGAACUUCAUACCUCCAGAGGAGAAGAAUAAGAUCAUGAACAGGCUGACCUUUGACCCCGAGGAGGAUCAGUGGAGGUUUCAGCCUCUUGUUCCUGCUGAGAGCAAAUCCUUGCAGAUGAAGAAACGACCGACAUCUGCAGUCGGAUACAAACGACCAAUCAGCCAGUACGCCAGGGUUGCCAUAGCGAUGGGAGCUCACUCCAGAUACAGGGCUGAGAACAUCAUGUUUCUGGAGCUCGACAUGACUCCUCCAAACGUCGUCUCGCUGGACCGCUCAGCGGGGGCGGAGCCUAACCAAAGUCACUCUCUGGACAACUCUCCCACCAAGGACUCAGGAGUCCGCAAGUCUCGAUCCUGGUGUCAGCCCCCGAAAUCCAUCACUUCCUCUUCUUCUAAUGUUUCCUUGGCGGCGUGUCACACUGUCACACCCAUGGCAGCACAGUAAAGCUUUAGUGAGGAGGGUUUUUUUUUUUUGUUUUAAUUUGUUAUUUAAUUUAUACCUCCGCCUCCUCUUCUUCUCUUCCUCUUCUUUUUUUGGGGGGCCAGUGAUUCUCUAAAAGACUUGAAGCUGGGACACAAACACUCACCACCACCUAUGCCGAAUCCCGAGAGGUGAUAAGACCGUUCAUUGAAGAAUAGUUAAUCUUCUGAGUCUAUCUUCUGACAGGAAACUAAAUGACCCGAUGAACCUCGGAAACACCUCUCAUCCUGUUCUACGGUUGUAAAGACCCAGCAGAACCCAUUUUUCCUUGCAUGUAUGAGAUGAUUAGCCUGGGAUCUUCCUCUUUAAACAACUGGCAGCAGUGCUGUACUGCCCAGACUCUGUGUGUGUGUGUGUGUGUGUGUGUUAUCUGUAUAUACAGGGCUGUAUGAACUGUGUUUCUAAGUAUGACCAACACAGAUCUGAAACCUCACACAGACUGCGUGAAACACGUGUAAAAUAUCAGUGUAUAUAUUUCAUGUAUUAGGGUUUUUUUGGGGGGGGGGCAAUUGGCCAAGGAGUUCAUAGAAAUAAGAGUUUAUAUCCAUGUUGGCUGUUAAGUUGAGUACAGUAGAAAGUAAUGCUGUAACAUACUGUAUGUUGUGGGUCAGAUGAGGUGCUCUGAAACCUGAAUGAUGACCGUUAUCGUACCUUUUGUCUCGUAUUAUUCCUCCACGGUGUCUGAUCUCAAAGCAAUGCCUUAAAAUAAUCUCAUUAAAAUAAAAAGUAGUGAGGCAUGUCACACUUCCAGGAUAAACUUACUGGGAUUUUCAUUCGUACAUGAGAGCAAUGACAAACGCGUAUGGCUGUUAAAAUCAGGACCAAUCAGUCUGGUCAGCAUAUUUAACAUAAUUCUAAUGAAGACAAACAGAAAAUCUUAAGUCAAAGUUGAGGAGUUGAAGAUAUUAUUAAAAGCUUAAUAAAAAAAAGCUAAAAAGUGAACCCUGAGCUGCUGUUACUGACUAAUUAUUAUCCAGCUAACACAAUGGUGAAACUAACUCAACCAUGACUUCCAGUGAACCAAACAAAACAGGAUUAAUUAUUGGAGCAAGGCCACUUUUUGUCCUUCGCUAUGUAUGAUCACUUUAAAAAAACAAUGUCCUCAGUGGAGAAAUGACUCAGAACACAUUUCGUCAUGUGUUUUUACUCUUUAUGACUUUAACACCAUGAAAACCCUCAAGGACAACCAAACUCUAAACAGCUGUGAAAACAGUCGAGGGGGCUUCAUUCCUUCAGACGUUCAGGCAGGGCACGCAGCACAGCAGGUGUUCAGUUUACUGUAGGUCUUUGGACAGUAAAGCAAACCUGCUCAAAGGUGUACCACGCUGGCUUGUCGUUCAGACUGCAGUCAGGUGAGUUACAGUUUAGUGUCACAGGGUUCUUUACUCGCUGGAGGUCAACAGGAGUGGACAGUGAGACUGCCUAAUUAUCGCUGUAUUAUUGAUGUCAGAGAUCCAGUUGCCGCCGAACCCACUGAUGAGUGACGGAGAGCACGAAGCCGCCCUUUAGCAAACGGGAACAUUUAGCACAAAUGCACUGCUGAUCUGUUUUUAAAAGUAAUUUCAAGGAGCUUUAUUGUCAUUUCACACAUGUAGAAACAUGAGGUGGAACGAAAUACUAAUGUUUUAACUAUAAAAACAACACUAUAUAAAUAUAAAAACAACCAGAAUAAAAAGAUAUAAUCAGUGGACCAGAUGGCAGCAAUAUUUACAGCAGUAUUGCAGAAUUGUGCAAAUGAAGUAAUAGUGCAAAUGAGACAAUGAGACAAUCCCCACCCCGUUGUGUACAGAGUGAUUCACAACCCAAACUUCACACCAUAUCAGAGAUAAAAUCUGAUGCUGAUGGAAAUUUCUCUGUUUCGAAAAGGCCUGGAUCACUUUAGGUGCUCCUUCAGUUAUCGGUUGUUAUUUUUAUUUAUGGAUGAAUCUAUUAACGUUAAUUGUAAUUGAUCAGUUAAUAAUUUGCAUCUGGAAAAGGUCAAAAACAAAAAGCCCAAAGAGGCAUCUUCAAAUUUGUUUACUGGAAAACCCCAAAGAUUUAAAAAUAAAUAAAUAAAUAAAAAAUAGAGAAAAGCAGGAAAUUUUCAUGCUUGUGAUACAAAUGUGCUACAGUCAAUUUUGUAUUAACCCACUUCCACCACUGUCUCAACCCUUUAUGGAUGCACACUGAGGAUUGUAUGUGUUUAGUCAUCAGUGUCUGGGUACAUAAUUGUUGAAAAAAAAUGUGACUUUAAUUGCU